AUAUUUGAAGAGUGGGUGGAGUCAAAUAGUCAACGUUUCACUUUACAUUCACCAUUAUAUCCCUUUUAGCUCAGGUGGUCUUAGAAUGUGAAAGGGUUGACAGUCCACAAACUUUGACAUAUUUAAGUAAAAGCCAAACAAACAUACAAAGAAUUACACGCAUUGACUAGACUUGAUUCCGUGUUGAUUUGAUGUCCUAGAGAUUUGAGUUUGUGAGAAAUGAUCCAAGACAGUCUUUCCUCCUGCAAUAAUGGCGCCCCUUUUCCUCUUCCUCCUCCUACUUCCUCUCUAUCUCCAAGUGCAUUCACAAGAUUUGUCUGGUUUCUCUUCCGAACAGACAAUUCUGCUGAGCUUCAAACAACACUGGGGUAGUCCGCCGUCACUUGAUUCAUGGAACUCAACAUCAUCCCCAUGCGAUUGGCCGGAAAUCGAGUGCAUUUCUGGUACAGUCACUGCUCUACAUUUAUCAGGAAAAGAUUUAAGUGGAACAAUCCCAUCCACAAUAUGUCAGCUCAAGAACCUUGUUUCCAUCAACCUGUUUGAUAAUAACAUAUCAGGAGACGUACCUGCUGCCCUGUAUAACUGCUCGAGUCUAGAAAGGUUGCGCUUGUCCGUGAAUGGGCUGUCCGGCACAAUCCCAGGUGAGUUGUUUCUUAUGAAAAAGCUUCGGGAGUUACACCUCGAUGGAAACAGAUUGUACGGUAAGAUACCAACACCAAUACGGGCAAGCAGUUUAGAGAGUCUUGAUCUCUCUGAUAAUCAGUUGAAUGGAUCAAUCCCCGAUGAUAUAGGCAAUCUAGACAAUCUUAUGCACUUAGAUCUAUCCAAUAAUUCAUUCAGUGGUACAAUCCCCAUGAGAGUGUUCCAUAUGCAUCAAUUGUACUCUAUGUUACUAGGUUAUAACAACUUGUCUGGUGAACUGCCGACGCAGUUGGAUUUUUUCAGUUUACAAGAGCUUAAUAUUACUCAUAACCAAUUACACGGCACAAUACCGAGAAGUUUAGGGCAAUUACCUCAGUUAAGUGUCUUGGAUUUGUCUGAUAACCAUCUAGCUGGAGACAUCAUAGAAAAUAUACUUCAUUUGAGGUCAAUGAGCGUACUUAGGCUGUGCUCCAACAACUUCUCGGGGAAGAUUCCUCAUGAGUAUGUGAAUCAUGAAUUUGCUGAAAAUUGCUUUGAAUUUUCCAAUCUCUGUUCUGACGACAGGACUGAGGGUCUACCAAGUUGCCCUUCUAACUUGUGCUCUGAUAAUAGAAUUCAAGGAUUUCUAAAAUGCCACUCCAAGCAUGAUGAAUCCAAGAAGCAUUUGAUCAUAAUUAUACUGGAAGCAGUUGGAUGUGGGGUUGUUGGGUUCGCAAUACUUCUCUACUUGGCAAGAAAAUGCUGGAGUAAGAAGCAGAUGAUUGCAGCAAGAUGCAAGAAAAUUUGGCCUUCUGGCCCUCCUCCAAAAGACAAAGAAGAAUGGCGAAUGAUUUCGUUUCAAAGGUUGAACUUCGAUAAAGCCGACAUCCUGUCAAGUUUGACAGAUGAAAACCUGAUUGGAAAUGGGGGUUCAGGCAAGGUGUACAGGGUUCUCAUCAACCAAACAGGCAAUGCUGUUGCUGUCAAAAGUAUAUCAAAUGCCAGAAAAUCAGACCGCAGGCUUGAGAAGGAAUUUCUGGCCGAGAUUCAGACGCUGGGAAAUAUUCGGCAUUAUAAUAUAGUAAAGCUUUUCUGCUACAUCUCAGGCAAGGAUUUGAAGCUUCUUGUGUACCAAUAUUUGGUGAACAAGAGCCUCGACCAGUGGCUGCACGGUAACAAGAGAGAAGCAUCAUCAACUGGUAAUAGCUCAGUCCCAACAUUGGAUUGGCCAACGAGGCUGGAUAUCGCAAUUGGGGUAGCACAAGGGCUUAGCUAUAUGCAUCAUGACUGCUCUCCACCUAUCAUUCACCGGGACAUCAAAUCUAGCAAUAUAUUAUUGGACUCAGAAUUCAAUGCAAAAAUAGCAGAUUUUGGACUAGCAAAGUUGCUUAGUAGGCAUGGAGAUACCAUAACAGCAUCUGCUGUAGCUGGAACUUUUGGCUACAUUGCCCCUGAGUAUGCCUACACAAGAAAAGUGAACACAAAAGGCGAUGUUUAUAGCUUUGGAGUGGUUCUACUUGAGUUGACUACUAGAAGACAAGCUGUUACUCAAGGAGAUCAUAUGAACCUAGCUGGAUGGGCUCAACUACAGUACAGCGCUAAAAAUGCCAUUGUUGAUGCACUGGAUGCUGAGAUCAAGGAAUCAAUUCACUUGGAUCAAAUUAUCACAGUUUUUCGACUAGGAGUUAUUUGUACUGCCACAUCACCUUCAAAUAGGCCAUCCAUGAAGGAUUGUUUGCAUAUUCUUCAGAACUGCAGGAACAACUUUUCUUCAUCUAGUCCAAUGCCUUUACAGCUCUCUGGUUAUCAAUCACUUAUAUGAAUCAUACUCCUGUGUGACAAAGUUUUUUAAAAAAAUGAAAAUGGAGAAUUUUUUCUUUUACUUUCCUGUUAUCUAUCCUAAGAUUUUGUAUAUUGACCAGUUGUAGCAGUAGUGGAACUAGGUCGAAUUCGUCAAAAUUAAUUAUUGAUUCUACAAUUGUAGCAGUAGUGGAACUAGAUCGAAUCCCUAGGGAACUACGAGUUAAUUUCUCAGUUUUUGGUGAUUUGAUGCUCUAGAUGAGCACUUCAAAGGAGCAUGUUGUUAUGGAAGUACAACACUGUUUCCAAGUUGGGGUUCGUAUCCACCAGCUCAUUACCUGCAAAUGGGCCUUACAUGAAAGACAUUUUGCAGUUUCUGUACAGUGCAGAUCACCUGAGCAUUAUGCGUGUAAAAAGACAGGAAAUGAAGUAUGAUGCAGCCUUUCGUCUUGUAGUCUCA